AUGGCCAUGAGGACACCUGGCUCCCAUGGAAACCCCAGCAAACGCUUCAGCAACAAACUGGUGACUGGGACCUCGUUACACGCCUGGUGCGGACAGGUUGGAGGACGUACUAUAUCCGAACCUGAACGAUCUCCCUUCCUUCCCUGGGUGAUUGACCUACAUGAUGGUUUUUUUCCUCAGUUCAUUUCAGACCCUUGUGCCAGCAACCCCUGUCACCAUGGUAACUGCAGCACCAGUGGGGAUGGCUACCUCUGUGCCUGCAGUGAUGGUUAUGAAGGAGCGAACUGCGAGCACUCUCGGCACAGCCCUCCGCUCCCCGAGCAGCAAGAGGCAUCAUCUCCUCCACAAAGCAAGCCUGUCACCUCCACGCUGGAGCCUGACGUCAUUCUGCCUCACUCACGAGCAACAGUGACGCUACCUACGUGGCAGCCAAGGGCGGGACAGAAAGUUGUGGACCUGAAAUGGGAUGAAAUCGAGAUACUUCCAGAUGUGGCUUGUGGAAAUGCCAGUUCCAAUACCUCUGCUGGAGGCCGUCUUGUCUCCUUUGAAGUUCCACAGAAUACAUCAAUAAAAAUAAGACAAGAUGCUACUGCUUCGCUUAUCCUGCUAUGGAAGGUGACAACUGCUGGAUUUAAGCAGUGUUCGCUCAUUGAUGGCAGAAGUGUCACUCUCCUCCAGGCACUGGGUGGCCUUGUACUUUCUGAAGAAAUGCUUGCAUUAGGAAACAACUACUUUAUUGGCUUUUUGAAUGAUUCAGUUACCAAGUGCAUUGUGGCUUUACGGUUGACUGUGAUAGUGAAAGUCAGUACCUGCAUGCCCGCGGGAAGCCAUUCAGAUAAAUUCCAGUGUUCAGGAAAAGGAAAAUGUAUCACGAAACCAGAUGAGGCAACGUUUUUCUGUGAGUGCGAGGAUGAAUACUGGGGCCCCCUGUGUGAGGAAUUUGAUGCUUGUCAAAGCCAGCCCUGCCAGAACAACGCAACCUGCACCGACCUAGCACAGAAACACGACGGGAGCAAUUUCACCUGCAGCUGCCUGCCUGGCUUUCCAGUGAUCCAUCCCUUUGUUCCAUUUGGUAUGGCAAAAACCGAUAGCGAGUGCAAUUUGAUCUCGCUGAAAGCAAUAAUGAACAAAGAGGUUUAUCUGAUUUCAGUGGAACUUAAUGUUUACCUUUUUGUUGUUGCUGUCACAUGA